UAUUUCAACCACCUCGGUAGCUUGCUAGACAACAUAAAACUAGAAGAUUGACGCUUUAGACCAUGUUAAUGUACAUUAGCUAAUCUCAGUGUUGUAAACGCAGUUCAUUUGACGUAUCAACUGGUUAACUUUAACCUAAUUUGCUUGUUCAAUUUGCUAAGUUGUUAAACACUGAUACUGAGCCUAGCCGCUAAUGCUACCUAACAUCCCUGACCAUGAGCUCACUAAACUACUACUCCCCUGCUAAAGAAGAGGAGGUCUGCUGUCCGGAGAAAGAAGCUCUGGGGCUAAACAUUGUCGUGAAAGAAGAAGAUUAUGUUAUUGAGGAAACAGAGGAAGAACAUUUUAGAGAGGAAGAGGAUGCUGUCGCAGUAGAGGUGAAGAAGGAAGACGUUUUGAGAGUGAAAGAGGAGGAGACAGAAUAUCAGAUUAACACCAGAGAGAUACGGGACUACCGUGGAUCCUCUGGGGAGCCUCAACAACCUCAUGAUGCUGAAGAGGGAGAGAAGGGUCUCUCCAGAUCAGAACACCUCAAUAAACGCCUGCAGAGACCCACAGUGAAGAGAACUCACUGCUGCUCUGACUGUGGGAAGAGAUUCACCUCAUCAGGCAUUACAAUUCAUCAGAGAAUACACACAGGAGAGAAAUCUUAUAGCUGUGAUCAAUGUGGGAAGAGUUUUUUGUCGAUCUGGAGAGCUGACAGUGCACCAGAGAAC